CGUGCCAUGCCAAUGCCAUGCCAGCACGACGUCUUCUUGGGUGAACAAGCAGUGGCACUCCUGCAAUACGGCAGAACUCCGUGGCGGCUUGCGCGACGCCGCCGCGAGAGGAUAUGCUACAUUGCUACCUCGCCGCUCUCUCCCUUUUAAGCCCAAGCUCCCCAACUCCCCCAGAGGCCAGAGGACACCAUCGUCAUCCAUCACUAGCUAGCUCAGAGGAGGAGCAGAAUCUGUUCGUCCCUUCCUCGAGAGGCAACCUACUACCAAGCUAGCUGCGGAGAUGCUGCUCUCCGGCGGCGGCCGCCGGAGCAUGGCCCUGCGACCGUGGCUCGCCGUGGCGGCGGCGGUGGCCGCGCUGGCCGCCGCCCCGCGGGGGGCGGAGGCGUACCGGAACUACACCGUCGGCGGCGACAAGGGCUGGUACGACGGCCUCACCCUGCCCGGGGUCGACUACCAGGAGUGGGCCGACGGCGUCAAGAACUUCAGCCUCGGGGACUUCCUCAUCUUCAACACGGACAAGAACCACUCGGUGGUGCAGACGCGGAACGGGACGCUGUACAAGAGCUGCGACUACAACGACUCGGGCCCCGACGACACCCUCGAGUGGUCCGCCGCCGCGCCGGAGUUCAGCAAGGACGCCGUCACCGUCGCCGUGCCGCUCCUCAAGGAAGGCCGCACCUACUUCUUCUCGGGCAACUACGACGGCGAGCAGUGCGAGAGCGGCCAGCGCUUCGCCAUCGACGUCGCGCACGGCCAGGGCCUGCCACCGGACCUCAGGCCGCCCGCCGCCGACGCUCCCGCGCCCUCCGCCGGGCCCGCCGACGGCGCCGCCGCGCUCGACUUCAGCCACCCCAAGAACGUCACCACGCCCAGCGCGUCGGACGACGACCGCGACCUGAGCGGCGGCGAUGAUGACACCUCGGGCGCCGGCCGGACUCUGGCCGGGAUCGGCUCCGGUCUGGCCCUGACAACGCUGGUCGCCACCGUGCUCUUUGCAGUGUACUAGUAGGUUAGUUUCUCGUGUUAGUGACGACGCCUGAGGUAUGAGAUUUGUUGUUGUGAUUUGUUUAGUGUUUACUAUAUAGUCAAAGUAGAAGGGGGUUUCUACAGGUGACAUGUUUUAGUUAUUAGUGAAACGCUUUCACUUGUAUAUUGUGCCAUUUCUUUGAUUUGUACGGGGUUUGAUAAUGAUAAUAAUAAUAAUUCCAUUCUUUGGAUCGAGCAA